AUGGAGUCGAGCACUCUUGGCGAGGAUCACCACCUGUUCCGGGUGUACAAGGCCCACAUGUCGGAGGUGCGUCUGGUACUGUUCCAGGUGUUGAGUUGGGGCUGCCCGAAGGUCGCCACCCAAACCUUCGACCAGUACUUGGUCGCCUCGGGGGUCAGUCAUACCUCCUACAGAAAAAACUUCUCUAGGCACCAGCGCGAGAAAAUCUCAGUCAACCCUUCGGGCGAUCGGUUCGACAUCUCACUACUGUACAAGAUGAUCCAGCUGGCGUGUCACUCCCUCGCACCCCCGGGUGACGCGGCCUGGGCCACCCCUGACGACACGUGCCUGGAGUACCUGCUGACACACCUUAAAAACUCCCGUAACGGCCUCGUGCACGACAUGCCUACCAUUACGAAGGAGGAAAUGGUGCAGCAGAUCGAGACGCUCCGGGACCUCUUGGCGCGAGUGGUCAAGGCCAGCGGAGCUCUGUACUGCAUCAACGUCCGCACGGUAGAGGAGGUCCUGCGGCGUAUCAACUUUAACUUAACCAACAUACGCGAUCAACCCUUCGCCCCUCUCGACCUUGAAGAUUACCGCAGCAACCUCUUGUUCGACAGUCUACGGGAGACUUUGCGCCUUGAUGGGGCCAAGGAGCUCAAGAAAAUCUACAGUUCCAAGAUCUUCCUGGACCCUCUCUCCUUCCUGGAUAAGAGCGAAUGUCACUUACGGGUCGGGACUGUGUUUAUUUCCCUUUUGAUUCAAGACAUAAGAACCAACGCCCAUUGUCACAGAGUUCAUUACCAAGAGCUGCUGGAAUACUGUGACGCCGCCACGCCCGAGUCAUCUGAAGUUGAGAGUGAUGAAGAAGGAAAGGACGAGACCCAGAAAUUUCCCAUGAUGGUUCUCGAGGGUCAGCCAGGCUCCGGGAAAACCACCUUGCUGAGACUAUACAUGUCAGAGUGGAUUGCUGGCGGAGGAGACAUCAGAGGACUCUCCGACUUCGACCUCGUCCUUCAUUUUGAGUGCCGUGACCCCUCCAUCGAUUCUCUAACACAACUGCUUCUCUCUCACAUGCCACAAACUACCACCAGGUUUCGCAAGACGGACAUCCUGCAGAUUUUCCUGAGCCUGAAGGUCAUGAUUCUCGUUGAUGGUCUUGACGAACUCAAUUCAGCGUCCCUGAAGGUUUUGAAAGAAAUCAUGUACUGGAAGAGCUCGAGUGACCUCACCCUUAUCUGCACAACGCGAGCAGAACAGAUUCGUGAAGUGUACAGGUUAGCAUCCGACAAAGUGAGAGUUGUCCACCUGAAACUACAAGGAAUUCCCGUCGAGAAGAGGGAGGAGUUUGUACGGGUGUACCACUCUCGCCUGAAGCAGCGCGGCGUCCCACAGCAGGACCUUAGCGGCCUUCUAGAAUACCUCCGCAGUGUGCCGUCACAUCUUCAGGAUUUCUUCAGGUUUCCCCUCAACCUAGUACUCCUUACUUUCCUGUGGGAUAGCGCGAAGGCGAGAAUCACAAGAAUUACUUCCAUGACGGCGCUCUAUCUGGAGACCCACAAGCUGCUGAUCGAAAAGUUGCUCGAGAGGCUGAUGUACCAUCCGUCUACAGAGCACCUGUCCCUCACCAAGGUGACCCGCAAGUGUGACAGUUUCUUGGCUGUCAUGUACGAGGAGGCGCUGCGUGCCCUGUCAGCCGGCGUGGUGUACCUCGACAAGGCUGCGACCAAAAGGUUAAGGGAACACUGCCUCAGUCAGAGUCUCCCUACAGAGGAAAUGUUUUCGGCUUUCCUGGUGUCAGUCUCUUACGACAGCACCCUCGCCCACGCCAAAGAACUAAGUUUUCCACAUAAAGGCAUCCAGGAUUUUUACGCUGCCAGACAUGUGACUCUGCACCUAGUGAGAGGUCACUUCCCUGGCCUAACUCGCUUCCUGCAGGAGCUAGAGAACUUGAUGGCUAAGUCCUCGGUGCCUGCCUUCCCGCGGCGGCAGGUAAUGAAACAUGCCCGCCAGCUUCUUGACAAGCCAAUCACCAUCCGCAAUGUCUUGCUUGAGUUCCAUCAAGACCAGUAUGAGUCACCAGACCUUGGGAGGUACCAGAAUGUUAUAUGUCACCUGGUCAGUCUGCUGCACGGGUCUGGCCGGGACGAGAUGGGGCACAGCGUCGCGGAGCAGCACGCCGAGGAGGUAGUGAGUCUCCUGGCGGCAGAGAAAGGCAUGUCGUUUGAGGAUUGGGUUGACGUGCUAAAAGAGGCCAACUACAACUCAGUCUUCGCAGGUGAGAUUUCUAAAGUACUCCCAAAGUUUUCCUGGACGGUGAGGGACAAGCACGUGGAGGCGGCGGCUGCCUUCCUCUCCCACCAAAGUCCCACUCAGUUCACCAUCGACAUAAUGGGCGACCCGGAGAAGGUGCCGCGGCUGCAUGACUUACUGGAGAUAGCGGCCGCCAGUGGAUGCAAGGUUUCCCUUUACCUCCACCACCACUGGCGCCACCCAGGGGCCGGCCUUUCCAACCCCUUCCUGCAGUUGCUGGUACCUGCGAGGCCCAGCAACGCGAGGGCCUCCUUGCUAAGCUCCAGCACCAACUCGCAAGAUGAUGACGAUUGUUACGCUGAAGUGCCACUUAGAAGCCCUGGGCCAUCCGUCCGCAGACUCCCCAUUGGCACCCCGCCCUCCAGUGAGCCCAAGAUCUGCCUUGUGGAGGUGAUGGGUCGCUUCAGUGGCCCGGCGGUGCUCAAUCUGCCCUCCUCCCUGAAGGAGCUCAAGCUGGCCUUGGCUGAUGACAACGAUGCUCUCGAUUGGUUCCGUGAGCUGAUGAUGCUUACCCAAACGCUCCCUUUCCUGCAGUGCAUCUGGCUACACGUCGCCGCGAACGUCACCCCUGACCUCUUGCCCAACCUGCCACAACUCCGGUACCGCCCUCGACUCUACCUGUCCAGCGUCGGGGAUGGCAGCAUAUCCUGGGCGAGUCGGGUGGCACGCGCACUCUUGCCCCCUAGCUCAAAAUAUGCGAACCUGGUACUGGCCGGAAGCAGCCUGAGCAGCCGCGGGGUGAACCAGUUGGUAGCGCGCCUCCACCACCUGGCGGUGGGCGUAUACGGCGGGCGUGGUGGCGGCCUCGUCGUGGCUUCUUCGAACCUCGCCGAUGACGACCUCAGUAACGUUCGCACAUCAGUUUUUCGCCACCUCAGCUGCCCUUUCUCACGGGUUCACGGUGAGGAGAUCUGGUUCGACGAGUCCAUGUACGAGCAAGUGUAUGACUACAGUGCCCCGCCUAGCUCCGCUCUCCGCGACAGCCUAGGCUCAGAGGAAAUCUACUUGCCCUGUCGAACUCCUCCAGAGGCCAAAUACAUUAACCUCAACAAAAAAUUACAAGCCUCGUAUAUCCAGGAGGAAUCUGGAUAUGUAAACGUACAGUGUGCUAAUGAAGAACGCGUGGAUGAGAGUUUGGAUAAAGAAGACUCCAUUUAUAGUGAUGUGUCAAGUGAUUUUCAGGCAGGGUUCAUGAUUGAAGAAUCUAAAUCAUCGUCCGAAGAAGGACCCCCUUAUAUAGGAAUGAUUAGAGACGAGAAGAAAAAGAUUCCAAAACAACAGCCGUCAACGUCAGCAACCCCGCCUCAGUUACCUGGACGCAAGUACACCCUAGCGCGUCCACCUCUGCCGCCAGCCUCCAGCCCUCCACGCGAGCACUCCAAACUGUGUUCAUCUUCGCCGCCAGCCGUCAAUCAUCUACCCAAACCCUUCCUCCCACCCAAGCCCCCCCUGUCGCGUCCACCUCUGCGACAACGCAAACCCUCCAUACCGCAUCCACUUCAACUACCAGACCCCAACCUUCCACAGAAGCCCCCCCCACCACCUCCACCUCUAACGUCAAGGAUGCCCCUGUCCAAGACCCACACCCAGAACCCAUCCAGGCCAGCAAUGCCGCCUCCACACAGGUCUAACAAGCCUCGCCCGGUGUCAGACCCAUCCACACCCGGGUACUCGGCCCCUUCUGCAAUUAACACGAGGCGUAAAUGCUCUUACUUCUCCUACCCCAGCAGAGGGACACACCUAAACCCACAGCACGACACACAACUCCCGCACAAGCCUGCGAUACCCCUGCCACUCUCACCAAGGCUGCCAAAGCAUAGGGACUUACAACAGGAGUCUGACCUCCCCUCACCAAGCCAUUCAAGCCAGACACCUCCACAGUCCCCCUUAACCAGCUUAUUUGACCCAGCAAACGCAUUCGAACAGCCUUGAACCCACACCCACUCUGGUGAACAGGUGUGUGUGUGUGUGUGUGUGUGUGUGUGUGUGUGUGUGUGUGUUCAGUAAUAUGCUUUGUUCUGUAUUGCAAAAGAAAAUUAUAUAUUGUUCUGCUCCCAACACACACACACACACACACACACACACACACACACACACACACACACACCAUGCACUCGUACAGACAACCGGGAAGGGGGCUCCGUGUUUUAUAUAUUAUCUAUUUCCCCUUCUCAUUACGUCACUUUUCACUGCACCCUUUUUUUCUCCCACUGUCAUCAUCAACAGCAGUCAUUACUAGUUCACGGCAGCAUAAAGGCCUUUCCCAACAUUAUCCACUUCCUGUCUGGUGGUGACGUCACUCCAUCCUGCUCCGGCAAAGGUUAUAUAUUUUCAUCUUUCCAUCUAGUUCUUUAUCAGUACUGACUCAGAUCUACACAGUUUUUGGGUUUUGAUUUAAUUUUCUCUCUUUAUAUCUUCUCUGUACCUAUUCCCUGACCUCUAAUUAGAUUCGGGGUUUGCCAAGCUAUUACUUCGGUUGUCCAUCAUUCUACUGUCGGUUUUACAUAUGAUAUAAUAUUCCUAAGUCCAUGUAUUCUUCUUACUUUAAUCAUCAUUGUUCAACCUUUGUCUGUUCUCGAACGUGGGAAGUUUUGUUCAUCUUUCUGUUACUAAAUUUACAUGCCAUUUACUCAGCAUCUAUUUUUUUAAGGUAAAGAAGGGAGGGAGACUCUCUGUGCCUACAUAAGGUGGUAAUUCAGUAGUCAGUGUGCAUGUCAUGACCAGCCUCACGAGUGUCUAAUUAGGUAAUAAAGUACAAUGUAUAUGUGUAUUAAAAUGGUUUUGUUCCUGCGUCGUGA